AUGCCGAAGGACGAUGCUGAGACUACGGCCCUCAAGAAGGAGCUUAACGAUCUUAUUGCUAAAUGCAAGGCUGAUCAAGAGAAAGUAGCUGACGCGAAAUUAGCAGAGAAAUGCGGCGACAUGGGUGACGUACAGCGCAUAAGACUUGUUGUCAAGAAAAGUCUUAAGGGCCACAUCAAUAAAGUUAACUCCGUUCAUUACAGCGGUGACUCCAGACACUGUGUAACUGGUUCACUGGAUGGCAAAUUGAUCAUCUGGGAUACUUGGAGCGGUAACAAGGUGCAGGUCAUUCCUCUUCGAUCAGCUUGGGUGAUGAGUGUCGCAUUUGCACCUUCGGGAAAUUUCGUUGCUUGUGGUGGAAUGGACAACAUGUGCACGGUCUAUGACGUAAACAACCGCGACGCAACCGGAGCAGCUAAAAUGGUACGUGAGCUUGCUGGAUACGAGGGAUUUCUCAGCAGCUGCCGAUUUCUGGACGACACUCACAUAAUGACUGGCUCUGGUGAUAUGAAAAUAUGUGUUUGGGACUUGGAAGCGGGAAAGCGAGAGGUGGACUUCAACGCUCAUGCUGGUGAUGUUGUAAGCAUCUCGCUUGCACCAGAUAUGAAGACAUUUGUGACAGGAUCCGUGGACCGUACAUGUAAGCUCUGGGAUGUACGAGCUGAAAAGGAAAAACAGACAUUCUUCGGCCAUGAGGCGGAUGUCAACAGCGUUUGUUAUCACCCAGGCGGUCAAGCCUUCGCGACUGCUUCGGAGGACAAGACAGCUCGCCUCUUCGACAUCCGAAGUGACCAGCAACUUGGCCAUUACACCCCACCUGGCAAUGCUGGAUUCACGAGCUGUGGCCUGUCGUUCAGCGGUCGAUAUUUGUUAGCUGGUUCAGAUGACAAUUCCAUCCAUUCAUGGGACACGCUUAAAGUUGCUCAUACUGGUACUCUGAACGCCCACGAAAAUCGUGUCACAUCUAUAUCAAUUGCGCCAAACGGUAUCGCCUUAGCAUCUUGCUCGUGGGACCAAAGUGUACGCGUCUGGGGCUAA